AGUAUUAUGACUUAUAACAAAUGAACGUUUAUAAAUAAAAGAUAUUAUAAAAGAAAAAGAUGUUAUAAACAUGAAUAAGUUAUAGUUAAAUAGCAUAUCGUGAUAGAUUUUACUAUCGUUUAUAUUCUAGUUACGAGAAGGUUAGAAAACCUUUACAAGCGUUAAGAAGUGACUGAAAUUAGCAGACAGCAUGGAUAGUAGUACUGAUGAUAGUAUUACUAGUAAUGAGGAUGUUACACCGAGAAUGACAGAAUCUUUUGACAGUUAUUCUCAACAGGAUAUCAUUAGUGAUGUCAAUAAAGAUUCCCAGUAUGUGAUACAAAAUACAAUGUAUCACUUUGAUAACUUCGAUAACUCGAUGAUUUCAUAUAAUGGGGAACAGCAUGAGCAAAAAAUUUCUAUCUAUGAUAGCGAGCAGUAUAGCAAAAAGCAUAGAUAUGAUAAAAUGGAUACCAGUCACAAUAGUAUUUACGAACAUCAGAGUAAAAGGAAGAAAUUGAAUAAUGGAGAAGUGUUUGAUACUAAUACGUCUUCAGGAGAGAAGUAUAUUGAAGAAAAUGAAGUGGUGGAUAAUGCAGAAGUUUAUGCCAACGAAAGUAAAGUACCCCAGAAAAUUCAGCAUAUGAUGGAAAAAAUGGGAUACAAGCCAGGUAAAGGUCUUGGGAAAGACGAUCAAGGUCGUGUCGAACCAAUAGAAGCAGUUAAGCAACGUGGACGAAGAGGAUUAGGACAUUACGUGCCAGGUCUCAAGGAAGCAAGUCUGAAGUGGGAUCCUGCAGAAGAAGAAAUAAAAGUUAUAGAAGAUAUUGAAUGGUUGCAAAACAAAUAUUCUAUUAUGCCUUUUACUGCAGAUAAUUUGUUCCAUUGGAUAAAGUAUGGACCGAAGAAACAUACUAUAGACGAUGAGACAAUGUUUUGCAAUCCAAAUAUUCUAAGGCAGAUCAUUGAUUCUAAAACUAUAUUUGACAAAUUGGACAAAGCAGAAAUGCGUAAAGCAAGAACGCGUUCAAAUCCAUACGAAACAAUUCGAUGUGUAAACUUCUUGAAUCGUGCAGCAGUCAAGAUGGCGAAUAUAGAUAGAGCGUGUGAUUCUAUGUUCACUUGUCCGAAGAAUGUUGAUCCCAAUGAAUUGCUGUAUUUCGCAGAUGUGUGUGCUGGUCCAGGUGGUUUCAGUGAAUACAUUUUGUCAAGAAAGAAGUGGCACGCCAAAGGAUUUGGAUUUACUUUGAAGAACGAAAAUGAUUUUUCAUUGGAUGACUUCUUCGCUGGACCAUGUGAAACUUUCCAUCCGUUUUAUGGUAGCAAAGACAACGGAGAUGUAUUUGACACGCAAAAUCAAAGGGAGUUUAGAUCGAUAGUGAUGGGACAUACUGAUGGUAAAGGCGUACAUUUCAUGAUGUCAGAUGGAGGAUUUUCAGUGGAAGGUCAAGAAAAUAUACAGGAGAUUUUAUCGAAGCAAUUAUAUCUAUGUCAAUGCUUAGUGGCGUUGAUGAUAGUGAGACCAGGUGGACAUUUUGUUACAAAAUUGUUCGAUCUAUUUACACCAUUUAGUGUUGGGCUUGUUUAUCUGAUGUACCACUGCUUUGAAAGUAUUUCGAUUUUCAAGCCUAAUACUUCCAGACCAGCUAAUUCAGAACGUUACUUGAUAUGUAAAAGGAAGAAAAAGGAUACGCAAAUGGUGAUGGAUUAUCUAUCUCAAAUUAAUUGCUUACUUUCAAGAAGAGACGAUAGCAACGAUGUGAUUGAAAUAGUACCUCUUGAUGUAUUAGAAGAAGACGCGGAGUUUUUAAGAUAUCUGAGAAAUUCCAACGAUACUUUAGGAAAAAAACAGAUAGUAAAUCUGUUAAAAAUUGCUGCAUUUUGUGAAGAUCCAACAUUGAUUGAACCUAAGCAAGCAGAGAUGCGGAAAGAAUGCCUCAAGUAUUGGAAUUUGCCGGACAGAACUAGAGUAAGGCCUCAAGUAUCAAAGCCGCAAGACAAGGCGCAGGAAAUAUUAGGUGAUUCUAUUGAGUUGCUCAAAUGUGAAGCGACAAAUUUAAAGAUUGACAACGUACGGAAUACGAUAUUAAAUCAGCCAUAUGAUUGGUAUUGUAUGCCGUGUUGUUCGGGCCCGUAUUUUGAGUCCGAUAAGUUGGCGACGUUUUACUUGAGCUUAGGAAGAAAACAGGUGUACCGGUAUAUAGGAGGCAAAUGGGAGACUGCAGGAGACGAAAAUAGAGGAAUAAAAAUCGAGCUACCGUCCAAUACUCUUGUAUAUGCUGAAUUAGCAUAUGAAACAAAACGGACAAAAACGCAUAUCGCGAAGACACGAGCAUUGCAUAUUAUAGAUGCAUAUAUGCUUGGUGGAGAGGAUGUAAGCAAGCUGUAUUUAUCCCAGCGAUCUAAUCUCACGAAGAAAUUUUGCGACGCGCUGUGGAAACUGGCUCCAAACAGUUACACUAGCGUUCGUGCUAAAGAAAGAUUCCUGCUGACACCUAAUAUACAUAGAAGAUUACGAAUAACAGAUCAGCGUGUAAAGUGGCCCACGAACAUCGCUUUUGAACUCACGAAGAAUCCAUUGGAACGCGACAUGAGCACGAUUAAUACAAUAGAAUAUCAUGAAACGAAUUUGCAGGAACCCGUGCAAGAACUCGUUUGUUCGGCAUUUAACAGCGUGAUAUUCGUACGAAGUAUUGUUAAACCAUGGGCACGUCAUCUUAGCCAAAAGGCUAAUGAAUUUUACGUUUUUAAUGCAAUAACCAGACAAUCGGAGUUUGAAGUUCGAAACAAAUUGAACAAUAGACCACCUGAUGCUGUAGCAAGUUUCGCCGAAGCAUUCAAGGAACGAGUUAUUUGGAGUUGGCCGCAUGAUACAAACGAUACAUUAAAUAUGAAUACUUUAGUUCAAAUGAUAAAUCAAGCAUUACCUCCCAGAAGUACUUAACUUGUAAUACAAACGCGUAUGUAUCUACUGUACAUAUUGUAAAAUUGCAUGUAUAUAGUUUGUAUAUACAAAUCGAUUUUAAGAACAAAAUAUUAGGAAAAGUUCAUUAACGACAUCUAUAGAGAUUUGUACGUGACAUAUGCGUCGAAAAAAACAUGUAUACAUAGAAUGAAACGAACAAAUGCCUUCAAAUCGUAAUUAAGUUAAUGGCUACGUUUACACCGUGAAAUUAGGUCACGGUCUAUAUCCCAAAUUCCACCUAAAUUAUUUAGGUCCCUUGCUGUAAAUAUUUGAGAGACGACCUGACCUGAAGGUCAGGUCUCUCGGUGCAAACGUAGCCAGUAUGUUAACUUUUAUAGAA